UCUCUAUAUUCAAACGCGAGCUGAAAAACAAAAGACAAAUAAUCUACCAUGACCAUGGCAUAAUUAGUUCCAUGCAUGAAUCACAACAUCGAUAACGAAAUAGGAGAAGACAAAACAUUUAAAUAUUUUAAGUGUAACUCUGUAAGACAGCCGAAGAUUACUAAUUUUAGAAUUUUACAUUACCUUUUGUAUGUGAAACUUUAAGAAGUUAGCUCGUGAUUGUGAUUUGGCUCAGCUCGGGGACGAGCUACCAGCUCAGCUGGCUGAGCUCGGCUUACGUCCUCGGAAGAUGGCCCAGCCAUCAUAUACUAUCCGCAGAAUUACUUCCGAAGACACCGAUGCAGCUCUCCAGUUCCUCAGAAAUUUUUUCUUCCUUGACGAACCUAUGAACUUGGCAGUAAAUUUGCUAGAGACACCAGAGUCACGAUGCAUAGAAUUAGAAGAGUAUUCAAUGAGCUCCAUCAGCCAGGGAAUAUCAGUUGCAGCUGUCGAUGAGAAAGGAGAAUUCGUGGGUGUCGUCAUCAACGGCCUUGCUAGGAGAGAGGAAGUAGACUACACAGACAAAUCUGAAGACUGUCCAAAUGAGAAAUUCAGACGUAUCCUGAAGGUGUUAGAGCACUUGAAUCGAGAGGCUAAGAUCUGGGAGAAACUUCCAGAAUCAUGUGAUAAGGUCAUUGAAGUCAGAAUAGCCUCUACACACUCAGCUUGGCGCGGAAGGGGUCUGAUGAGGGUACUCUGUGAAGAAUCUGAACGGAUAGCUAAAGAAGUGGGUGCAAGUGCGAUGCGCAUGGACACCACAUCGGCGUACUCCGCUGCAGCGGCCGAGAGGCUGCGCUACAGAAGUGUUUACCAAGUGUUAUACUCAGAUCUGCCGUACGCACCGCAACCAAAAGCGCCACAUGUUGAAGCUAAAGUCUACAUCAAAGAACUGUAAUAACACAAAACGAUAUCGUCAAUGAACAAGGUCUUAUUAUUAUAGUAACAGGUUCUUCUAAACCUACCGCAAGCACCAGUCUCUCACAAAAUUGGUCUUCAUAUCAAAUUGUACCUCAAGUUGUCACUUUAUUCUACCUUUUGUGAAGAGAAAAUAAACCAUUCAUUAAUUCAACUAUAAAUAUAGAUUAAGUAUACUGUAAGAUCUCAAGGUCUGACGGAUCUAUAAAUCCAUUCACGAUCCUUCAGAUAUGUAUUACUCGAUGUAACCUAAGAAUGUGUCAACACCCACUUUUUCUCGACACAGGGAUUAAUAUUAUCUCAGACCGAAUUAUUGCAAUGACCUAUUUAUUGCAAAAUAAUGCCCUUCACUCCCUCCCUUACAAAAAACUAUAAACACGGCAAUACGGCUGAAAAUGAGUCAUAUGUAGUUUAGAUGCCAAACGGUUAAUACCAUGCUCCUAGUAGCGAUUUAUUAAUUUACUUGAAAAUGCCUCGUUUAAGUGAAACAAGUGUCACAAAACGUGCGUGGAUGAAAUGGCAGUCGGAGAUUUAUGGCUAAUAUGAAAGGUUAUAGCACUUCUGGUAUUAAUAAUAGUAGUCAAUCUUCAAGUGUUGGCAGUCGCACAUAUACUAAGCGCUUAUAAUGAGGCAAGGGUUAUUUAUCAUAUUGCCUACAUGUGUCAUAUACACUAGAAUUAAAUUGCGCCUAAUUAUAAAUAAGUAUUCAUAAAUUGGUAGGUCUAUGUUGAAAGCGGGAUAAUUUAUUCAAUACCUAGUUAGACAAUUACAAAUGUAGUUGGCAAUAUUUUUUGUAAUGUAAAUUGUGAAAAAAUCAAAUAACUAGAUAUUAUCAAUUAGAAUAUUGUAACAUUUCUAUGAGAGUUAAAGAAACUUGUGGCAUCAUUUCGAGAAAUUGUAUCAACUUCGGAAAGUAGAAAGUUAUUAAAAUUUGAGUUUAUACUGCGUUUUUUAUUUUAAAACUUAUGUAUAACGAUGUGUAUAUAUAUAAAAGCAAUUUUAUUAAAUUACUAUAUUUGUCAUUUACGACAAUUGUUUCAAUGUUAUCCGUAAGUCUUCUCUAGGGAGCGGCGGCGCUUUGCGUCGCGUCUUGUCUCGAUACAAAAAAUAAAAUAAAAAAAAUCCCAUUAUACACACACACACACACACACACACACACACACACACACAUACAUAUAUAUACACGUAUAUACUAUGUAUGUUAUUCAUCUUUGUAUUACAUGUAAUAUAAUACCUCUAAUUAAAAAAAACACACACACACUUAA